CAAACAUUAACCGACACCGUAUGCGUCUAAGCCCGAACUUAACCUCCACCCUUCUCUUCUCUGUGCGCGCUUAGUUCUUGGUUGCCCCGGAUCUCGACCACUUCCUUCACCAUUACUCUCAAAUUCCCAAGUCCUAAUGAAUUUCUUCAAAUCCGUAUUUGCUGACGAACCAGAUUCUCCGAAAUACGAAUCCAAAUCCUCCUUUAAUCAACCACAAGCGGACUCAGAUCCCAAUUCGCCCCCUAAACAGCAAAAUCCUAACCCUAACGAUGCUGGCAGCAGCAGUGGAGAUGAUGGAUGGAGCUUCGGGGGUCUCAUUAAAAACCUAACUUUCAAAUCCGAAUCCGUCAUCGAAAUCUACCGCCGGGAUCUGCAGGAGUUUGGGUCGGGUCUGAAGAAGGAAAUUGAGGUGGCUCAUGGAUCUCUAGAGACCGUAGGGCACGCCAUUGACGAACUUGGAAGUUCCGUGUUGAAAAAUACGGCGCAGAUAAUUUCCCAGGGCAAACAGGCAAUCCUCGCCGCCGAUCUCGAAUCCGAUUCAUCUGAUAGUAAUAACGAGAGGAGUAUUACUGGUCAGCAGAGCUUGAAUUCAAAACCAUAUAGUCGUUUUGAUGCUCAGGUACGGGCGAUUCAAGGCGAUGCGAGCACGUACUGUGAGGAGCCAGAGGAUUUGGAUGACUAUAAUAAAUGGAAAUUAGGGUUUUCAUUGGCUGAGAAGAGAGAGGAAUUUGAGAGCUUGCUUGAGGAGAAUGCUGCUGUGGAGAGUAUAUACAAAAGGGUUGUGCCAAAUAGUGUUGAUGAGGAGACAUUUUGGUGUAGAUACUAUUUUAAGCUUUACAAGCUCAAGCAAGCUGAAGAUGUGAGGGCUAAUCUUGUGAAGAGAGCAAUUUCGUCAGAAGAGGAGGACUUGAGUUGGGAUGUUGACGAUGAUGAAGAGGAGGAGAAGGAAGAUGAGACCAAUGGCACUUUGAAGGUCAAUUUGAAGGAAAAUCAUGAUUUGGGUAACAAAGAUUCUUUAAACAUUACAAAAGAUGAGGAGAUGCGUCAUAAAGAGUCUGAGCAAAUUGUGAAGUGUGAUGAAAUUAGUAAGCAGGGCAGUGGAGACACGGAACAAACUGUGAAGGUGAAGGACACAGAAGUCUCUGUUGUGGAAUCAGAGAAAGUGCAAGUAACCAUUGGUGGUGACAAUGUAGCCAGUGAGAAAGUUGAUUUGGGGAAGAGUGAAGUAGAGACAGUAUCAAGAUCUGAUGAGAAAGGAGGAUCAGAAGGGAAGGGUGAUAAUGGAGAUUCUUCUAAAGAUAGUGAUGUUUCUAUUAUAUCCAGCCAUCCAUCAGUGCCAGAGGAGGAAGUUAUUGGGUGGGAUGAGAUUGAGGAUCUGAGCUGCAUUGAUGAGAAGAAAGAGUGUCACAGUGCAAGUCCAAACAAGAUUGAUUUGAGGAAACGGUUGAGUGCUGCAGAAGAAGAGGAGGAUUUAAGUUGGGAUAUCGAAGAUGAUGAUGAUGAACCAGUAAAAGCUUGAAACAAUUGUUUUUUCCUUUUAAGUUUCAGAUUUGCUGCAUUGUCUGGUUACCUCCAUAUUUGUUUAUCUAAAGUGUUAAAUACAGCAAGGAGGAUUUUUUUUUCCUUUUUGGGUUAAUUUGUAUCUUGAAAGUUCCAAUAUCGUCUGCAGUUAUGUUACUUGAGUUGAAAAAAAUCUAUAUUGAGUAUUUGGAUAA